GCUAUGCAGAGCGGGGGAUUCACUAAGCUGCGAGAGGUCUCGGGGCUGUCCGGAAGAGUGACGGCCAGUGUCUCUACAGGCACCUCGGUCUAAAGGAACUGCUAUACGAAGGCCUACCAGAGGUCUCAUUACAACUUGAACAAUGGUUGCCAAACGAAGGCUCUCCAAAUCAGAUGACAGGGAGGAACACGGAGCUACGGAUACUUCAAAAAUAAAGAAAAGUCGUACGAGUAGUAAGAAGUUGAAAUCCACUGUUCAAGAGGGUGUGGUGGACAAUGACAGUAUAUUUGUACAGUUACUUAAGACUUCUGGCAUGCUUCUUAAAACAGGAGACCAUCAGAAUGAAUUAGCUGUGGAUCAAGCUAUGUUCCAAAAGAAACUACGUCAAGCUUUGAAGAAGCAUCCCAGAUAUCCAAAUGUAAUCCAAGAGUUUAUAAGUGGCCUGGAAACACACAUUGAAAAUCGUGACCAGUUAAGGAAUUGUCUCCUUCCUUGUGGAACUCAGCAGGUGGAGGAAACAAGUAACAAAGCCAGUUCCUUCCAUGAUAGCCUCAUUAAACUUUUGCUUGGGAUUGAAAUAUUACAAGAGUUUGUUAUAAACACAUUGUUUGAGAAGCUCCCUGAGUUUUUGUAUGAUAGUGUUGGCAGUGAUGGCAUCAGUAUCCCUCGACUUAUCAUCAACCAGUUUAAAUGGCUUGACCGAAUAGCAAACUGCAAGGACCUUGCGUCUAAGAUCAUGCAGUUGGUUAUUGUGGCACCAGUUGAAAUCCAACAUGAUAUUAUCACUAGCCUACCUGAAAUCCUGGAGGAUUCGCAGCAUAAUGACAUUGCCAAGGAACUGAACUCUUUGCUGCAGCAAAACAUCCAGCUUACUGUACCAAUCCUUGACGCCCUCUCCAGUCUCAAUCUUAACACAGAGCUCCUCAUUGAGGUUCGCCGGUCUGUCAUGUCUACUCUUUCUGCAGUGGAACUAGAAGAUUUACCUGUCAUUAUUAAGUUUAUUCUUCACUCCAUAACUCCUUCUGAUGCAGUGGAGGUAAUUUCAGAGCUCCGCAGGACUUUGGAUCUGGAGUCAUGCGUGCCUAUUCCCCAGAUACAAGCCUCUCAGAACAAAAUGAAGAAUAAACCUCAUGCUGGUCAACAAGGCAGCAACCAAGACUGUGUUUCUCUGCUGAUGGAUGCCAUCAAAUCUGCUAUCCGGUUUCAAAAACACACUUCUGAAGCAUGGAUUAAGGCAAUAGAAAAUGUUGAUACUUUGGCAGACCACAAGGUUACAGAUUUCAUUGUGCUGUUGAUCCUUCAUACAACAAACAAUAACAAUAGCAAGAAACAAGUGGAACGAGUGCUGAGGAACAAAAUUCGAUUGGGUUGUAUUUCUGACCAGCUAUUGCAGAGUGCUUUCAAGAAUCACUCUCAGGUCUUAAGAGAUUAUUUUUCAUCUAUCUUGUCCCUGGCUCAGACACUACUCCGAUCGCCCGAGACAAUUGUAGUCUCAUUUGGGAGCCUUAUGUACAAACGCACUUUUUCAGCCUAUGAUUCUUAUUGCCAACAGGAAGUUAUUGGAGCACUUGUGACCCACGUGUGCAGUGGUUAUUCUGCUGAAGUGGAUGUGGCUUUGAAUGUGCUGAUUCAAUUGGUAACUCAACAACCAGCUGCAGUGGCUUUGUAUGCUGUGUUUAUAAAGGGUAUUCUUGAUUAUAUGGAUAAUCUGAAUGUUCAGCAAAUCCGCAAACUAUUCCAAAUUCUCAGCAUGUUGGCCUUUAGCAAAGGCCAGGAAGGUAGUCACAUACAGGACGACAUGUACAUUGUAAUCAGGAAGCAGCUGUCCAGCACAGUUAUAAAGUAUAAGCGUAUAGGGAUCAUUGGUGCCGUGAGGAUGGUGGGAAGCAUGGCACUUGAUAGGUCACAGCCAGGAGCUAAAAAUGCAGAAAGCAGACCUCUAAACACAGACGUCUUUAGGCAGGUCACAGCACUGCUGGAUUUGGUACGUACCUGCAGUGAGAAGACUCCAGAAGCCUCUGCCCUCUAUUAUGAUGAGUUGGCCAGUCUGAUACAGAAGGGAAACCUGGACCAACAAGUCAUGGACUGGGUGAAUAAAACUGUGCUGGACGAUUUUCAGGAUGAUUUUGUGGUAGAUCUUGAUCAGACUCUUGAAGGAAACUUCCUAUUCCCAGUAAAAGCCAUGUACAAUCUUGAUGAAGACGAAAGUCAGGGUGGGAUUGUCAUCAACCUCUUACCUCUUCUCUCUCAGGAAUGUUUGACUAGAGGAACAGCACAAGAAACCAAUAAAGAACGACUUGUAUCUCCUAUCUGCCUAUCUCCAUUUUUCCGACUUCUGCGGCUAUGCAUAGAAGACCAACAUGAUGGGAAUCUGGAGGAAAUUGAUGCUUUGUUAGGUUGCCCAUUGUAUCUGACAGACCUGGAGGUAACUGAAAAACUAGAGUCUCACUCUAAGCAAGAGCGUGAGUUUCUCUGUACACUUCUCUUCUUUGCUCUCAAUUGGUGCCGAGAGGUUGUGAAUGCUUUCUGUAAGCAAAAGAAUGCUGAAAUGAAAGGAAAGGUGUUGACACGGUUACAGAAUAUUACAUGGCUGCAAUCAAUCCUAGAGAAAUGUCUAGCAGUGUCUCCUGGGUUAAUUCCUCCACUUGCAAACUUUGACUUAGAUCCUCAUGAGGGGAUCCCAUCUUACACACCAGCCACCACUGCAAAAAAGGCAAAAAAAGGAAAAAAGCGAACAUCAGCAGAAAGUAAAAACUCAUCUGCAGACAGCUCUCAAAUAGAAGAACAACAGGAAUGUGAGUCGUCAGAAGUAGACAAAACACUGGUGGAGAAGGAGAAAGAAGAUAGCAAUAAACCGACAGUCAACCUUAACAACUACCGUGCCUACUUUCGUGAGCUAGAUUUGGAAGUGUUCACAGUUCUUCAAUGUGGUCUCCUCACUCGAUCCAUUUUGGACUCAGAGUUGCACACAAAGGCUACUGAAGUGGUGCAAUUGGGUCCCACAGAACUGGUUUUUCUCUUGGAGGAUCUGUCUAGGAAGAUGGAACAUAUGCUCACAUCAGGAGCAAAGAGAGCAACAUUCUUAAAGAUGAAAGGAAACAAAUAUGUUGGCUUUUCAAAACUACAGCAGCGGACCGCAGAAGAACUGGCUCAGAUAGUCGUAAAUCUACUAAACUCACUCUGCAACCAUGUGGAAAAUAUGCACAACUACUUCCAGGCACUACUGGCAGAAAACCAUGGUGUAGUAGACGCUCCAGGCAUCGAUGUAAAGGAACAUCAGUAUAUGUCCUCUUGUUAUCAGUUGCUGUUGCAGGUGUUCCAUACACUAUUUGCUUGGAGUGGAUUUUCUCAGCAUGACAACCGCAAAUUGCUGAAGUCUGCACUCGGUGUGUUGGCUGGCCGGUUUAAAGAGAUGGACGCAGAGCUGACAUUGGAGGAACUCAUCAGCCAAAGUUUCAACUACCUGAAGAAUCUCCACAGCAGUACACCUUCAUGUUCUUCUGCUUUAACCCUGAUUCAGCUUCUUAUUGUUCUCUCAGAGAAAGCAAAUUCUUCUCAGUACCGAGAGAAAAUAGCUUCACUGGCAAAAGGUUUCCUCUGCCAGUCUUGGAUCCAAACCAACGGAGAGCGUGAAAAGGGCAUCCGAUUUAAUGAGUCUCUUCAAAGCAUUCUCUGUAUUUACCUUGAUAAUACAGAAGAAGUCUUGAAAGCAGUGGAAGACAUCUGUGGGGUUGGAGUCCCAGAACUUGUAAAUGCAUCUAAGGAUGGAGCAUCAUCUACAUAUCCUACUCUCACUAGGCAAACUUUUGGUGUUUUUUUCCGUGUACUGAUGGAUAAGCUGGAGAAAUGUGUGAGGAACUUCCCUGUCGGAAAGACUUCCGACAGUCAUCAGAUUCAUACUGAACAGCUGCUGCGCUGGAACCUGGCUGUGAGAGAUUUCCAUAUUCUUGUUAAUUUGGUUAAGGUGUUUGACAGCAGACCUGUAUUAGGCAUUUGUCUUAAGCAUGGCCGCUUGUUCUUAGAAACAUUCUUGAAGCUUGGGAUGCCUGUACUUGAUUUCUGUUUUAAAAAACAUCGAGAUGAUGUGCAAAGCUUACUGAAAACCUUACAGUUAAGUACUAGGCAACUCCACCAUAUGUGUGGGCAUUCCAAGAUAAACCAGGAUACUGGACUCACUAACCAUGUUCCGCUACUAAAGAAGACCUUGGAGUUGUUUGUUUAUAGGGUGAAAGCUAUGCUUGUUCUCAACAACAGUCAGGAAGCUUUCUGGCUUGGAAAUCUCAAAAACAGAGACUUGCAGGGUGAGGAGAUCCUCUCACAGCAGUCUCAAGGCAGUGGGACUGAAGAGGAGCAAGAGUCCCAGAUGCCCGCAGAUGAAGAAGAUGCAGAAGAGGAGGAAGACAAUGAAAAAAGUGACAAGGAAAUGGAAGAAGAGGACGAGAAUGAAGAGGAAGAUUCUGAUUAAAAACAGUGGACUGUUUAUUGAUUGCCGAUAGUCUGCUUCAUCGCAGUCUGUAAAAUGAGAUAUGAUGGAUUGCCUAGCACACACCAAAGACAAUUCAAAAGGACUUAUAAUAUUAAAAAAAAAAAAA